AUGCCACACUCACACUCAGACGAGGCUGCUGCGGGCGACGAGCGCCUCAAAGCUGCCCUGUGGUACUCUCUUGGCAAGACAGUCGACUCCAUCGCUAUCGACUCGAACAUCAAUGCGGCGCCCGCUUUCAUUGGAGCUCUCACGGAAAUGGUAGCUGCAAAGAUUGCACAGGCUUCAACAGACAUGGAGGCUUUUGCAAAGCAUGCUGGACGUUCCACCGUGCAUACCAAGGAUGUCAUUCUGUUAGCUCGCCACAACGAAGCACUUCAGGAAAUCCUCCAGGACAAGGCUGAGACAGUGCGAAAGCGCGACAAGUCGACCGCGAGAUGA